CAAUAGAGUCGGAAACGAAGAUCACCGUGAUAACUCUACAGAUUACAGACGCGCAACAAGAUCUCCAAAAAGCUCAUUCCGUGGUUGAGACUCCGAUCUCUAAGAGCCGGAAGGGAACGCAACUGGAAACCCUCGAGUCUGGCAAGGCUGGACUGAAAAGGGACAUUCCCACACCUCAUUCAUUGGCUUUUUGCCCAGCCUUUGCGUUGUUCUCAAGUCUUCAGCAGGAAGUGUGCGACGAUCAAAGAUAGAAAUUACAUGGCGCUAACGAACCUCUCCCACCGCCGUACGCACAAUCUCCUCUUGAUCUCCAAACUACUCAAUCAACGCGAUCACGCAAGCCCAUUCACCCUCGUCCUCGAUACUCUAGAGCAAACUGCAAAGCCUCUAGUGCGUGAAUACUUGCGCCGAUCUAGGCUCUCAAAGACAAGUACGAUAUUCCUGGCUUUCGAGACGUUUGUCAAGCCGCGAGAUGUGGACCAUUUUGUCACGUGCUACGACGAGGGCAAGAGCCCAGAGAGGAUCGCUAGGGAGGUGAUGGAGUUGCUGGCACGUUCUGGGAGCAAGCGACAUCUGAUCAUAGUUGACUCAUUAACGACACUGGCCUCGAUAUCCACAAAUCCAGCUUCGCGUCUGAAUUUGACAGCAUUCCUAUCGUCUUUGCUACAGCCGCCUCAACAAGCCCGAGGACCGCAACAGGCGCAGGACCAGCUACAAAUUUCACUGGUGGCAGUCCAUCACACUGAUAUACCACUUCCUUCUUCGCCAGGAUCAACAUCGACGUCAUAUCUUCCAUCGCCGCUUUCCCUCCUGUCAUACCUCGCCACAACAAUCAUAACCGUCCAUUCACUGCCCAUUCUUCUGGCCGAGCAAGCUGCAAGAGCAAAGUCGCUUGUGGCACCUGCCUAUGGUUUGGCCGAGGAGACUGAGGGAGUGCUGGUUGGUUUCAAACCCAAAAGUACCUUGAAACUUGAAGAACGCGGGAUUGUCCUGGAACUUGAGCACCGCAGAAAAAGCGGCAGAGGUGUACUGGAAUGGUACUUCCUACCCAGGACAACCAAAGCGCAACAACCGAGCUCCGGUCCUCAAGCGUUUCGGGAGAUCAUCACAUUGCUUGAUGAUCAUCCUCUUUUCCGUAAGCCGAAAGAAGACGAGAAUGUUGACCAGCAAUUGUCAGGCAUGACCUUCGAGCUUGGCCUGACUGAGCGCCAGAGAUUGGAGCGAGAAGGCGUAGUGCUGCCAUACUUCGAUGCUCAGAAAGCUGGUGGUGGAGGUGAAGGUGGAAGGAUCCUGUAUGAUAUGGGUGUCGAGGACGAUUUCGACGAGGAAGAAGAUGAAAUAUGAAGUGCUGUUUCUCGUAAUCA